UAGUAUUCCAAUUUCAAGUUCACUACAGUUUCAAAACAGUUCCUUCAAAAGCAUGAAUCUCUUUUGGCUAUUGUGGUUUUUGCUCCUGGCACUCUUGUGUGCACUGCAAGUGGCAUUCACUGACACAAAAACUUGUUUGGGAACAUAUGGAGGUGAUGAAGCCACAUUGCUCUGCUUUAAGAGCAGCCUCAAGAACCAAGGGGGAGAUGCACUCUCUAGUUGGGUCAAUGCUGGAAAUCUCUCUUCUUGGAGAGGAAUCAAGUGGAGCAGUGACAACAGUGUAUUAAGCAUCAAUCUCUCAAAUGCAAGCUUGAGCGGUCACCUAUGGCCAUUCUGGUGCAGAUUGCAAGCACUUGAGUCCCUAGAUCUGUCACACAACAAUUUUACUGGUCAUUUGAGUUUUGAUGAUGAUGGCUUAUGUAGGGCCUCCAAGAUUCAUACCAUUGUAUUCAGGGACAACUUUUUGGCUGGCAACAUACCGUCUAGCAUUUCUAUCAUGAAAAACCUCAAGUACCUUGAUUUGGGAGCUAACAAUUUCAGCGGACAUAUUCUCCCAGACAUUGGACAUCUUAUGAAGCUUCAAACACUCAUGCUAGAUAACAACGAACUCAGUUCUAAAGUACCAAAAACUCUAUCCAAUUGCAGCCAGCUGGUAAACUUAAUUCUGGACCGGAAUUAUCUUUCAGGAGGCAUCCCCACUGAGCUGCAGCGAUUGAGAAAACUGGUCCAAAUACAAGCUGGGUACAACAACUUUUCACAGCUUCCAGAGUUCAAGGAACAUGCCUUUCCCAGUCUAACGUACCUUGCAUUGAACCAGAAUCAAAUUACAGGAACCAUUCCGAAGUCCUUAGCUUAUUUGACGAGUCUACAAGUCUUGAAGCUCGCCAGCAACAAAUUCAGUGGCAGCAUUCCUGAUAUGUUUCAUAACUUGACUCAGCUUCAGUUUAUGGGGGUAGCUGGAAACAACCUCACAGGAGCAAUUCCUCCCUCCAUUGGUUCCUGUGGAAAGCUCCAGGUGUUAGAUUUGGCUGACAACAAGCUUUCUGGUGGUGUUCCUGAUGCUAUUUUCUCGCUGAAGCACCUACAGCUACUCGCCCUUGGCAACAACGAUUUAAGAGGCACUUUAUCUCCAGAUAUUUCGAAUUGCAGCAGAUUGCGAAGUCUUUUCCUAGAGGAAAACUUAUUCAGCGGCAGGCUUCCGGAAUCCAUUGGAAAUCUGAGCAACCUCAAAAUAUUGGUUCUGCCCAAAAAUAGAUUCGAAGGAAGUCUACCUUGGAGCAUAGGCAGCUUGGUUCACCUUAAGUUACUGGACAUAGGACAGAACUUAUUCACAGGCUCAUUACCGAGUAGUAUGCAAAACAUGGCUUGGCUUCAGUUUUUCUCAGGACAGGGGAACGGUUUCAGUGGUCAUAUCCCCCCUUGGAUUGGAAACCUGACAAAUCUUCGCCAAUUUCUCUUGUUGCAUAAUAAUUUUACAGGACGAAUACCUCCAGAGAUUGGGAAUCUCAACAGCUUUAAAACCGACCCUGCAAGUCACCUAUUGGAGAGAGAUCCAGACAUGGAUGAUUUGUUUGGAUUUAUAUCUACUCCUGAUGGGAGACAACUGACAUUAGUGAGCGUCAACACUUAUCCGUUGAUGAUAGAUAUCACUGGCAACAGUCAGCUCAGUGGUUCCAUUCCGAGAGAACUUGGGGAUCUCAAGUAUUUGCAGUACCUAUAUCUGAGUGGGAGUAAUCUGAGUGGAACUAUUCCGGCUUCUCUUGCCAAUGCAACACAACUCAUUAUACUCGAGCUUCAAAUGAAUCAACUUACGGGUAGCAUUCCAGAGCAGCUUGGAAGUUUAUCAUUCCUCACGUACUUCAAUGUGUCGAACAACAAUCUCAGUGGGCCGAUUCCAACAACAGGACAGUUUUCUACUUUGGACAUCUCAAGUUUCGCUGGUAACCCAGGGUUAUGUGGUCCUCCUCUCAACACCACAUGCCACAUUCCGUCUGCAGCCAAACCACCAGUAGCACUGACUGUCGACAAGCAUUCAAGUGUAUCAUCUUAUAAUGGUCUAGCUGUUGGUGUUGGUGUGGCAGUUGGUUUCGCAGCUGGGUUUUGGGGAGUGGUGUUUCUGCUUCCUGAGCGAUAUAUCAUCCGCUUGCACAACUUCUUAGAAAAUAUUUAUUAUAGUACAAGCUUAUAUUGCAACUCUUAUUAUGUAGAUCCAAAACUAUCUUCCGCAACUAUCCUUAUCGGGACGAUCGACAUUCAAUAUUCGUCCAGCGUCUAUAAAUAUUAAAUUGCAGUGUAAGUUAGUGGUAACUUCUAGCCAUUAAUUAGUACAAGCAUCUCUAUGAAUCUUC